AUGGCCCAAACAAGCCAGCGAAGAAAACGGCAAGCAGAGGAGGACCAAGAUGAAUAUCUUGAGACACCGUCCAAGAGAAGUUGCGGGGAGGGCGAUUCAUACUUCAAAUGGCUUUGGACACCGUCUCGUCCGCCAUCACGGAAAUCCUCCUCGUCGGGUCUGUGGAGCCACUCCGUACCAGACGGCCUAUUCCUCACCCGCCAUGACGCGCCCCGUCCCUUUUCCUUACCUCCGGAAACCCCAUCAAGACGGCCCCGUCGCCGGGGCGCUAUCUCGGUGACAUCCUCGUCGCCAAGCGAGCUGGAUCAACAACUCGCGCGGCAACUACAGCAGCAGAUCGCCGUCAUCCGACUCAAGGCAGCUGAGAGUCAGCAUCUGGCAGAAGGCUACUGUGAAGAAUACGACGGUGACGACGUCCACAACGACAGGGACGUUGAUCGCAUACGACAUGACCUGGAGACCGUAAAGAUUGACGCCUCUCUCCCGUCCGUCCUGGGUAUCGCGAUUGACUUUGACCAAAAACUCUGCCUCAGUUCCUCCGGUCAUUCGUCAGAUACCACCUCUGGGCAUCGGGGUAAGCGACCAGGUGCUUGA